UGCUGCUUUUUAUGCUAAUCGUAUUCUAAUGGCCAGCUGUAUGCAUUAGUAGUAAGAGCAUGCGCAGUGCGUGAAAAGAAUACGGCGAAGAUUCAAAGUUUUGUUCAGUUUCUUUCACAACACUGAACAACAAAAUGUUCGGCUUUCACAAGUCAAAGAUAUACCGGAGUAACGACGGCUGUUGCAUCUGCAAGACCAAAUCCUCCAGUUCACGGUUCACAGACAGCAGUCGAUAUGAGGAGACGUUCAGACUGUGUUUUGGGCUAUCAGAAGAUCGUGUUGGAGACAUUUGUAAUGCAUGUGUGUUACUGGUUAAGAGGUGGAAGAAGCUACCAAAUGGCUCCAAGAAAAACUGGAACCAUGUGGUUGAUGCCAGAGCUGGACCAGGCUUCAAGAUGACAAAACCCAAGAAGAUUAAAAACAGUGAUGGGAAGAGGAAAAGCAAGCUUAAGAAGCUUCACAAGUUAAAGAGACAAACAGACUCAGAUGCCCACAGUACGACCUCCAGUGUGUCUCCUGCUCAGUCCCCGAGUUACAGCAACCUGUCAGAUGACGGCUCAGACAUUGAGUCAAAACAAAGACGCACGACUCCCUCGAUCUUCUCUUUUUUGGACCGAUCUUACUGGAAAAGGCAGAAGGUGUGCUGUGGGAUUGUCUAUAAGGGGCGGUUUGGAGAAGUGAUUAUUGAUCCUCGACUCUUCAAGCCCUGCUGCAGUUCCAAAAAACAGAAGACACUGGCGUCCACCAAAGUGGCCGCACACCUUCCGGACACACUUCCAGCGCAGCUCCCAGAAGACAUCAAAGAAACAUGGUGAUGGCUUUAGUAAAUUCCCCUGUAGGGUUAUCCAUGGCAUCCACAUGGAUUUGUCUCCAGUGGCAGACCUCUGAAUUUCCAAUCCCCAAAUUAUACCUGUUAGAUGUUCCUUUGUUAAAUUCCUUUUCAUAUGGGUAUUUUUUAACUUUUGUAUAGAGUUGAUUUCUUUUUUAUAUAAAGCAAAAUGAAAAAAAUAUCAUGGGCAUUAGUGUUAUUUAUAGGAUAAGGAAUUUUGUUGCCACUCCGUUUCUGAAUCUACUUUUUUUUACGUUUUGUAAUUAGUGAUGAUUUGUAAAUAUUUUGUCACCUUUUUUAUACAUAUCAGGACUGUUUACCUUUUUUAUUUUGUAUUUACUAAUUGUAAGAGUGCAUAUGAAAGAGACCAGCUUUUUCUAAUACCAGCUUUUUGUAUGUGUGUUGGAGAGGCUGUUCAACACGUCACUGAAAUGCUCUCUUGUUGGUGCCAUAUGUGCACAUUUUUGAAUAUGUAGGAUUGUUUUAGAACACAAAUGGCUUUAGUUUAAACCAGAGAUGAUCAGCACAACAGUUUUCUAUGAACUUAAUGAGCUUUUAUUGUGUGUGUCUGGAAAAGAACCCAUAAUCUCUGACAUUGUCACAGCUUAAGCAUGCGUCAAGUUUGACACACUAUGCAUGCAGUACAUUCCUCUGCUUUUCAAAAUAACAUAAGUAAUUUAUUUAUUUCUUUGUACAGUCUCCAAUGAAAUAAUGCAUGUUGUAAAGCAAAUGAUUUUUUUUUUGUGAAUGCAGUUUUUUACAUCAAACCAUUUCUACAUAACACAAUGGCAAACCACUACUUCUGUAGAAAAAUGUUUUGUGUGCUCCAAGACAUUUACUUUCUCAUUAGACCAGUAAUAUUCAGCACAUUUUCACAUCUCAUUUAUUUCAGGAUAUUUCUCUACAGGUGUGCAUAUCUGGAACCUGUUCAGAAAUGUGUGUAAAUUGCAGGGAAAGCUAGCUGCUGUAUUGCAGCAUCCUUAUCUGUUUAAUGGCAUGUAAUGGACGUAAGCUGAGCAUUUAGAAAACGUGUGACAUGUGUUUUACGGUUACUAUGUAUGUUGUUGGAAGUGUUUUUGUGAAUGCCAGUGCUAUGAUUUAUCUUCAAAAACUGUCACAGUUCAAACUAUGCAGACACUUUGAAUGUGAGAAGUGUUCAGGGCUAUCAUUUUACUAAUACAUUGUGAAGUGAUUGGUCCUUAUUUAACCAAAUUGGCUUGUAAAAAAGCAUCCAUUUUAUCAGCAAUAAUUUUCCCAAUAUCAGUUCAUAAUUGUCUCAAGAUAUUUCUUAUGUUUGUCGUGUUGAAAUAAUACUUAAUUGCACAGUUUAAGCCAUGAUGCAUCGUGUCUCUUAAAUUAACACUGCAGUGACAACGGUUAUGUUUUUUUUUUAUUACUGUCUGAGACUUAAUGAAUUGACAGGCAAUGAUCUGUGAAGUUGCGUAAUAUAUUAACUUUUCUUUCUGCGGCAGGGUAGCUGAAUGCAUGUAUGAUUCAUACUAACAGGAGAAAUGCUGCUCCCUCUUUUUGAAGCUGGAAAAUAAGCUUUUUUUUGUCCUUAGGGAGUUGCCAUAUUGUUUUUUGCGAGGUACAUUUUGGGAUGUGAGAUGUGCCUUAAUGAAUUACCUGACAUUUUCUCUAUGAUUAUCAUGUAAUUUAUACUUAUUUAUUGCAAAACUUUUUUAACAGAUUUUUUGUGAUAUUUGGUGUAGAGACUUUCCGAAAGACUGUUAUUCAUUUUGUUCACUUCCUUUGAACAUGCCAUGUAGAUGUUUAAUGCUUUUUUUGUAUACUGUACCACAAAGUAGAACUGUAUUGUAAUAAAAAAGUGAGAAAAAUAA